AAAGGAUCCCGUAGUGUCAGUCAGUGUUGUCACCAAAUUUGUAUCAACAUUUCUGUGAUUUUCUUCUGUACUCAUUAGUUUUACAACAUCUUCAAGUGAUUUUUGACAACUCAAGGGACUAUGUAAUCGCAUCAUAUAUCAUUUCUUCGGAGGCAAAGCAUGCUUACUCUAGAAUUUGUAGGAAAAAUAACUUUUGGAAGGUUAGGGUACAUGCUGAAUUUUAACUUCUGAACGUGGAAAAGAACAUUUAAAAAGAAGGAACUCAUUUGUUUGAAUGACAAGACAGUACUCCGCACAUUCAACAUGGAUAUUACUGCAUUAUUUAAGGCUUGUGUUAAAACGGUGCGCGUACGUAACAAAGCCCUUGGAAUUCCACCUGCGGAUCAGGAUAAGAAUCGGAUUUUAAAUUCUACUCAAACGAGAAAAACGGUAUUUGGAACUAAAGCCAAAGAAAUAAUUACUCAGAUAUCCAAGUUACGAGAUUUCUUGUUGGAACAUCGAAGAGCAUACUUAAGUUUGACCAGCUACUUAUCUGAUGGGCCACAGCUUUCAGAUUCUGAAAGGGACAAAAUUGAUGCUGGGGCUCAAAGAAUCAUGAAAACGUGCUCAGCUUUGAUUCAUGACUUUAGAAGGCAAAUUAGCAACUGUGAAAUACCUAGCCAAGUAAUGGAACAUCAACAGUCAGUAAUUGAUUUGCUAGAAGCAUACUUAAAAAGUGUUUGUCAGAUUUAUUCAGAAAUCCAUAUGACCCGAAUGAAAAGAAUGAUGGACUCUCAGAAGAUGUCCAGACUUGAGGGUGAUGUUAACACAUCGAGUUUAGUAAAAGAUGGGAUAGAUCAUCGGAGCAGAAAAAUGUCAGACAUCUCUUUGGGCAGUGGUACUAAAGAGGAUUCUGUAUCUGAUAAGAUGUCUGCUGAUGAGGAGGAUGGUAUAGUUGAGAGAAAGCAAAAUAAUUCUGAGAAUGCUGCAGCUUUAGCAGCAGCCCGUUCAGCAGCGCUUGCUGAUUUAGCAGCUCCCUUUGCCAUGGAAGAUGAUCAAUUAUCAGCAGAGGAACUCCAAAUGUUUGAAUCAGAAAAUGCUCAUCUUUACAAUGAGCUUAAUAGUCUUUCAGACGAGGUUCGUCAAAUUGAAAGGAAAGUUGUGAAAAUUGCUGAACUGCAAGAUGUUUUUACAGAGAAAGUUUUGCAGCAAGAAAGAGAUGUUGAACGUAUUUCUAGCAUGGUUGUUGGGGCAACUGAAAAUGUGAGAGAUGCAAACACUCAAAUCCGACAAGCAAUUCAGCGCAAUGCAGGUCUUCGUGUGUAUGUUCUAUUUUUCCUUCUUGUUAUGUCAUUCUCUUUACUCUUUCUUGAUUGGUACAAUGACUAGACCUAUUUUCUUUUAUUUGCAUUUGUUGUAUUUUGUGAGGGUACCGAGUGAGGGAUAAUUAUACAUACAUUGAAAUAUUUUA